AUGCAUGACGUCAGCAUUAUUUUACAUUUGGCAGAAGACGAGAUCAGAGAAGAAGCGAAGAUAAUGACGAUGAUGUCACAAUCGCUAGUUCAGCAUAGGCCUGUUGUUCACCAGAGCUCUGUGCUGAAGAAUCCUAAGGACCACACCCGCCGACGUGGGUGGAAGGAGAUGAUCGCGUUCGCCGUGGAGGAGACGUCCAUCCACGGUCCCAGACACGUAUGGUACAACCGGUCCAAUCUCCUGGGCCUGUUUUGGAUCGCCUUCAUUCUCUCCUGCUCCGUCCUCCUGGUGAUGGUCAGCGGCAAAUACUUCUACGAUUUCGUGCAGAGGAGCGAAAUGACGCAGACAGGAAUACGUUGGUCCCGAAAGAUGUUAUUGCCGUCUUUGGCCAUUUGCAAUAAGGACUUUUUCUCCAAGAAAAAACUCGACGACCUAAAGAUCGACCCGGAGACGUACAACGUGAUGAUGCUGAUGACCGGAAGUCCGUUUACGAUGACGGAUGACCUCCUGUCGAAAAAGGACAAGGUCCGUGACAUCAUCCAGAAGGCGAGUGUCAAAAUUGAUGACGUCAUGCGGACCUACAAUUUCACCUUUCACGAACUUAUUGCCAAUGUGUCGUACAGCUGUGAAGAACUGGUCGAUGCCUGCUACUUCCUGAUGAAGUACCUGACGGGCGAAGAAUGCUGCAAAUUGAUGGUGCCCAUUCCCACCAUGACCGGCCUCUGCCAUACCUACCACACCCAGAAGGGGCACGAGCAGACCUUUCUCGGGGACUUCAUGGGCAUGACGCUCUACAUCAGAGUGCCAGAGGACAAGAUUGUUCUGCUGGGUGGCGUCAUCCGACGAUCUAGCCGGAUGAAGAGGGGCAUCCAGGUCUCUCCGAUGUCCAACACGGUUCAUCCAUCUUUAGUGGUCCUCGGAAUGGGGGUCCUUGUCUCUUCUUCGACAACAACCUCCCUCGAGAUGCACCCCGUUGAGAAGGACAGAGAAGACGAGAAGGUCGACUACAUCGACUACAAGAUAAAACCCUGCAUCCCGGUCGACCAGCUGAACUACACCCUGAACAAGACCACUUUCAUGAACACCAAGACCAACUGCUUUCUCUCGGCAGUCGACCGGUGCUCUUCGGAGAUCUGCAACUGCUCUCUCUACGGUGUCGACACCGUGUACGGUGAGUCACUACAUACUCCUUCUUCUUCUUCUUCUUCCCUGCUUUAA